UAAUGUACAUUUAGUGAUCUGUCAAGCUAUUUUAAGGAGAUUUGGUUAUUCCGUGGCGUACAUUUGGACCGCAGUCUUUACACUUUACUUACUGAACCUGAUAAUCUGAUUCAUUCACGCCCUCCUUCCUGUAGACUUUGAUCCCGCGUGACUUUUGCUGAUGUAACGCGAGAUUUCAGUGACGUCACUUUUAGCGCCGAGUUUGUUGGCGGAAAAAGUCCGAAAGGCUUAACAAACUAUUAUAUUCAGCCACAGUUCCGUUAUAUUGGCGUUUAUAUUCUGCGGUCGAUGGCACAUUAGCUCAGGACUAUAUGUUAUUUUCAAACGUUGUUGUUUGAAAACUAACGUUGCUGCACUUUACAGCCAACUGAAGCGAUGGAGUUGUUCCCUGUGUGCGCUGAAGGGAUCCGCACAGAAGGACGCGUGAUUCAAUCACAGAGAGCUGCCGGCAGACGCAAAGUCUCAAGUGAUGUGGAAAUAGAGAUCGGGAUCCUCUACAAAGCCGUCCCUGAGCUGGCCAAGGUUUUCCGCAUAACUGACAAGAUUGGAGAAGGGACAUUCAGCUCAGUGUUCCUGGGUGAGGCUCAGAUGCUCGAUGGGAGGAGAGAGAUGUUCGCCCUGAAGCACCUCAUCCCAACCAGCCAUCCUGCACGCAUCGCCGCCGAGCUUCAGUGCCUCACUGUUGCCGGAGGCAGAGAGAAUGUGAUCGGAGUGACGUAUUGCUUCAGGAAGGAGGAUCACGUAGUGAUCGUGAUGCCCUAUAUGGAGCACAAAGCUAUUGUGGAUAUUAUUGGCUCACUGAGCUUCGAAGAAGUCCGUCUGUACAUCUAUCACCUGUUGACGGCCCUGAGACACAUCCACCAGUUUGGUAUCAUUCACAGAGACAUCAAACCAAACAAUUUCCUCUACAACAGGAACAGCAGAAUGUAUGCGCUAGUGGACUUCGGCCUGGCUCAGGGUACAGCGGACACGCACAUUGAAAUGCUGAAGGUAGUGAGGCAGAGGGCAUCACAAAAAGGUGGAGGGUCCACAGGGAACCAAGACCCCACACAGCGGAGCAAAGCACCACCAAGACUGAUACCCAAAAGCACCACCUCAGCCUCAGCUGCCCUGCCUUUACCUGCACAGCAGUCCACAAACUUAGCGCCUUCCUCGUCGUCUUCAUCCACCACCGCGUCCUCCUCAGCCGCUCAGAAAGCACUGGUUAAAAAAGCGCGCUCGGUCACAACCACCGUCAGCACCUCUCGCACAAAGCACGCAAAGGAUUUGGUUCGGCUACGGAAGGUGCCCCGUCCUGUGUUUGGAGAGAGGAAUUUGAACAGCUGCACUCGAACUCUAUCUACUGCCAAACAAGUCACAAAGACCGAGGCAAGCAAGGUGGUAAAACCCAGCAGAACAGAGGACCCCGCCGGCCGUAGGUUGUCGUCAGGCAACCGAGUCCCGCUGCCGGUCAGGACCCAGAGCCUCAGUCAGAGGCCUCAGAGGACCGUACAGCAGGGCCUCACCUGUAGCUGCUACCUGACCGACCGCGUCUGCAACAUCUGCAUGUCCAGGAAGCAGCAGGUGGCUCCCAGAGCCGGAACGCCGGGCUUCAGAGCACCAGAAGUCCUCACAAAGUGUCCCAACCAGGGAACAGCUAUAGAUGUGUGGUCUGCUGGUGUGAUCCUGCUCUCGCUGCUCAGUGGCCGCUACCCGUUUUUCAAAGCCAGCGAUGACUUGAUCGCCCUCACUCAGAUUAUGAGCAUACGAGGCUCCAGAGAGACCAUCAAAGCUGCCAAGGCCUUUGGUAAAGCAGUGGCGUCCAGCCGGGUGCUGCCGCGGCAGGACCUCAGGACGCUGUGUGAGACGCUGAGAGGACGGAGGACGUCCCCAGACGAUGGAGUCACGCCGCUUCGCGCAGCCAACAAAGACUCCGCCGCGCCCACACGCCGCCCCCUGCAGAGGGAAGAAGAAGCUGGUGGUCCUCAGUCUCUCUGCACUCCUCCCCCAAACCACGGGGAGCAUUCGGGGGACACGGAGACCACUGGAAGGGAAAACUGCAAGGUGGAGCAAGACGAGCAGGGCUGGGACAGUGUUCCAGAUGACGCCUACAAACUGCUGGACAGGCUGCUGGACCUCAACCCUGCCACCCGGAUCACAGCCGCUCAGGCGCUGCAGCACCCGCUGUUCAAAGACCUGUGACGCGGCCGGCCUCAGCGUCAAUAGUUACCAUUCAUUCAAGUACAUUGAGGAUGGAUGAAGGGCUCUGAUAUGCGUUGUUGGAUAACGCCCGGACUGGAAGAGCGCUGACUCGAGGCAUUAAACUGGCAGACUUUGGCUUUUUUGUGUCCGGGGUUGAACAGUUUUGUGUUAGAAGGUAUCUGACCUCCCUUGAAGACAUUUAUCAGCCAGUUACAGCUGCACACUGUCUGAUCAUUUUGUUUUUUAACUUUUACCCUCUGUACUUUUAUAUCUCAGGGAUCAACGGAAGAAGAAAAUAACACUUAAGGAGUCUUGUUAUCACUGCUGUCUGGUGUGAGACGAGUCUGGCCUCAUAUUGUGGUCUGGAUAUGGUCUUGUCAACAAGGAAAAGUACAGAUAAUCACUAUUGUCAACGCUGCCAUAACCUCAUAUCAGUGUUGUAUGUAGCGAUUUCAAAAGGUUCUAAAUAGCUUUUAAUUUAAAUUUAAAGGUGCAUUUUAUUUGAGUAUGAAUUUGUCUUCUUCAGAAUGGUUAAUUUAUAAAACGUUGAAUGUAAAGUCUGACUCAUUCAAGUUUGGCUGUUUUUAAUAAAUUCAUUUUCAGUAUGAAA